AUGAAACAAAAACCUACUUAUAGUUCCUUUUUUAAUAAUGACCGUUCCAAAUGGAUAAUAAACAAUAGCGACAAAACAAUCCCUAAAAAUGUUAUGGAUAUAUUGAGUUUAGGUGACAAAUUUGGUUUACCUUUCAAUCAUCGGAACAGUAUCGAUCGUGAGAAACUUGUGCUUGAGACAAUAAAAAAUGUUGAAUUGAAUAUUUAUAAAAUAACAGACAAUGCGUUAGCAGACAUACGGAGCCGCAUCGCUCAUUCGCUCCAUAAUUUCCUCCGAGUGACAAAACAGGACUUUUUAGACAAACACAUCUUAAAUGAAUAUGCUAAAUGUAACCGAUUCUUGCGCGAAAACGAUGAUGUCCUUGUCACUAAGGCAGACAAAGGCCAAGUUACUGUUAUCAUGAAUAAAAAUAAAUACAAAAACCAAAUGAUAGAACUCCUUCAAGACCAGAACACAUACAAGAAAUUAAAUAAUGAUCCAAUUAAACGCAUCUCAAACAAAAUGAACGAUCUUGUAAAAUCCUGGCGUGACAAUGACAUCAUCGACGAACGAACAUACAGAUUUUUAAAUUGUACAAACGGAAAUAUUCCGAGAUGCUACGGACUGCCAAAAAUUCACAAACAGGGCUUUCCAUUACGAAUAAUAGUGUCCACAAUAGGCAGCCCGUUAUACAACAUCGCGUGCCAUAUGCACAAUAUCCUAAAUAAAGCAAUUCCAAAGCCUAAAUCACAUAUCAAAGACAACUGGGCAUUCACCAAACUAAUUAGCAAUAAACAAAUCCAUCCGAAUAAUGUUCUCAUAUCUUUAGACGUAACUGCUCUCUUCACAAACAUUCCUAAAGAAUUAGUGAUGACGGGGUUGGAAAAAAGGUGGCAACACAUUCGAGAACAUACCAAGCUAAACCUGGCCCAAUUUUUAUACGCUAUUGACCUCAUUUUAAAAUGCACAUGUUUUACAUUCGAUGGACAACCCUAUGAACAGAUUUUUGGCAGUCCCAUGGGAUCCCCGCUAUCUCCCAUUUUAGCCGACAUUGUAAUGGACGAUUUGGAAACGCAAUGCCUGUCCCUACUUGAUUUCGAAGUUCCUUAUUUCUUCAGAUAUGUAGACGAUAUUUUUAUGGUACUGCCACAAUCAAAGAUACCUGAGGUCAUCAGAAUUUUCAAUAACUAUCACCCACGCCUAUCCUUUACACACGAAACAGAGUUUAAUAGAUCCAUUAAUUUCCUCAACACAACAGUCUACAUAAUCAACAACACCUUGAUUACAAAUUGGUACCGAAAACCUACAUUUUCUGGCAGAUACAUCAAUUUUUUCUCCAGCCAUCCGUUGAAAUAUAAAACUAACACUAUCAUCAGUUUAGUUGAUCAAGCCAUUCUUUUGUCAGACAAACGGUUUCACAAGUCGAACAUUGAAAUCGUGGAAAAAAUCCUCCUAAAUAACUGUUUCCCCAAAGAGCUCAUUACUAAACACAUUAAUAAACGAAUCAAAGAAAUCACAUACGGGAAAGAAAACAUCGAAACUGAACCCACAACUUCUGAUAGAAACUACAUUCUGACUCCAUACGUUAAAGGCUUCAGUGAAAAUGUUGAUUGCAUACUCAGACAAAAUUAUGACCAUGUUCUACAUCAAAUACCUAAAAAACUUGAUUGUGUGAUAAAAAGAGGAAAGGACGUGGUUGACAACAAAAAACAAACUGAAUUAGUAUAUAAAUUAGAGUGCAAUCAAUGUGAUGCUUCCUACAUAGGACAGACCAAACGACACUUACAAACCAGAGUCAAGGAACAUCAACGCAAUGUUAAUGGCUCAUCGAACAAUUUCUCUGUCAUUUCAACACACCGUGUAGAAUAUGGCCACGAUUUUGAUUGGCAGGAUCCCCGAAUACUACAUAGAGAAAGAAAUUUACGAAAAAGGGAGAUAGCGGAGAUGUUCUAUAUCAAGAAAACAAACGGUACUAUAAAUCUACAAAAAGAUACCGAGAACCUAAAUACGACAUAUGACAGCCUAAUACAUUUCUUAAAUUAA